AAGACAAAGUAAAGAGAAAGGCGAAGGUGGAGGAGAAGUAGUUAGCCACACUCUCUCUCGUACACACGGAUAUUAGGUUUGUGUAUAUUUAGGUGGAAGCCAUCAGCUGUGUGUAUAUGCGAAGGAAGGCCAAAAACUGAAGCUAUUCUUAUGGCCAUUGGCUAGUUUGACCACUGUCCGAAAGCCAGGUUGACAUUUUCUCCUGAUGUCAUUAUGAAUACCAGAUGUUACGAAGGCCUCCAGUUAAGGAAAGGCUUUUGGAAAAACUGAAUCUACCCUCUGAUCUAUAAUUGUGACAGCUUUUUAAAUCUACUUCAACCAGCACACAAAUGUAUCUGAAUUUUUGUUCUGUUUGGUUUAUCUCUGGAUAAUCUGAUAAUACGCAAGAAACUAGACUCCAGUUAGCCAUGGCUGAAUCUAGUUUAAUAAUUAGUUCCAGUGACUGUGAUGUGGACAAUAAAAAAAGCAAUAAUCACUUUAGCAAUGAUGACAAAUUUCAUGACUCCAGUCAGACUAAUCCAGAUAACCAUGUUGCAGAGAAAACACAAGAUUAUACAACAAAAGACAAUGCCAGUUCUUCUAAAAUUCCAACUCAUUUGGCAAUUAUGGAGGAAAAUAAUUCUCAUGAACCAGAUUUAUCUUUACCUUCAUUGAAAAAAGAUGACAGUGGCGUUGACUUUGAAAAAUCUCCGGCAAGCACAAGUGCACAAGAAGGACCAAUUCUAUCAGAUUGUAGUGAAAGUGUCAGUGAAUCACUCACAGACAGUGCUGCUUGCUCCUAUACGAAUUCGGUCGGUGAUAUAAAAUGUGAUGGCAAGUCAAAAACCUCUGUGUCGGACGAAGAAGAUUUACCGUCUUUGGAUGUACAGGAUUCUGAACUGAAUGAUAAAGAAGACUCAUGUAAAUUACCAUGUAAUGCUGAGAAAAUGGAUUUAGAUUCUGUAAAUACCGAGGACAUCAAUUCUGAAAGUGUGGAGAAAGAAAAGCUAAAACCCAACCUACAUUCACCUGUUAAUAGUGAUGAUGGUGGCAAAGCUGAGAUGGAUUAUGAAGAUCUCGAUGACAAUGUUGAGGAUGAUGAUGAUAAAAACGAAGAGACGGGCAGUAAAAAGCUUUCUUCUUCUUCAUCUUCUUCGUCUUCUUCAUCUGAGGAAGAUGAGGAAGAGGAUGUUGAUGAUGAAGAGGAUGAAGAUGAGGAUGAAAGUGACAUGGACUAUGAUUCUGAUAAAAUACCAAAACAUAGUUGGAAAGCAAUAUAUGAUCUCCGCUCACGGGAGUUUGGACAUUCAACAAAAACUCCUCCAAGUAUUUUUAGAGAAAAGGUUAAUUCUAGUUUACAAAUGGUGCAACGCUUAACCCUGCAAUACAAAAUGGAAUACCAUAAUGGCUGUGUGAAUGCUCUUAAUUUUAACCGAAUUGGCACAUUACUUGCAAGUGGUUCAGAUGAUUUGAACAUUGUUUUAUGGAAUUGGGUUCAAAGUCGGCCAGCUUUAGUAUUUGACAGCGGACAUCGUAGUAAUAUUUUUCAGGCCAAGUUCAUGCCAUUUAGUGGAGAUUGCCAUGUAGUAAGUUGUGCUCGUGAUGGUCAGGUACGCUUGGCAGAGCUUUCACUGACAGGCGUAUGUAAAGGUACAAAGAAACUAGCAGUCCAUAGAGGAGCUGCCCAUAAGCUGGCUCUUGAAUUAGAUUCCCCACAUGUCUUUCUCAGUUGUGGAGAGGAUGCUUUGACCUAUGAAAUUGAUUUACGACAAGAAAAACCAAAUAAGUUAGUUACGGUGAAAGAAUAUGAUAAGAAAGUGCCUCUUUAUUCCAUCCACUCUAACCCUGUUAAUUCUUUUGAGUUCUGUGUUGGCGGUAAAGACUACUAUCUCAGGAUUUAUGACAAACGGAAGAUAGCUGAUUCUGUCAAUGAUGGAGUUCUAAAAAAGUUUUGUCCUCAGCAUUUAAUUGACAGUAGCAUAAAAGCCAAUGCUACAUGUGCCUGUUAUAAUUACAAUGGAACUGAGGUUCUUGGUACGUACAAUGAUGAAGACAUUUAUUUGUUCAAUAACCUAGAUUCUGAUGGAGCAGACUACAUUCAUCAUUAUAAAGGCCAUCGCAAUAAUGCUACAGUGAAAGGGGUCAAUUUCUAUGGUCCUAAAAGUGAAUACAUUGUAAGCGGUAGUGAUUGUGGACAUAUUUUCCUUUGGGAUAAACAGACUGAAUCUGUUGUUCAAUUUAUGAAAGGAGAUGAUGGCGGUGUGAUUAAUGUGUUGGAGCCUCACCCCUUUGCCCCAUUUUUGGCAACCAGUGGCCUGGACAGUGAUGUGAAAAUAUGGGCUCCAACUGCUGAAGAACCAACUAAACUAAAAGGAUUGAAGAAGGUAAACUGUACUCAAUUUGUUGAGACCAACAUUAUUAGAAUUCAUUGCUUAUAACUGUCUAUUUGUUUC